GCUGGCUUUUGCGCUUCAAACAACUGAACGCAUUUGCAGGCGUCUUAAUGAAAUCCAAAACGUCGGUCCGCAAAGCUUUGGGCCACAAAGGGCAAUUGGAGGAAGAUCUGCGCUUGACAAGGAAGAUAUGUGCCAUCUGAACGCUGGAUGAGCAUCGCUGGCAGACAUUUUGUUGUGAGGCUUGCCCCAAGCCGAUCGGCGAUCGCAGCCACGGUGCUUCAGAGUCGCACGCCGCGCCAACAGAGCACAGGUCUGCAACAUGAUGCAGCUCCGCUGCUCUUUGGUGAAGGCCUAUGGCCCGGCUUGGAGAUUGUCCGCGCCCCUAGGUUUGAAGCGGUCAUUCUCAACCUCCAGCAAGGUGGUGAAAUCGCCAGAGGAGGCGGUCAAGGAUGUGCCGGAUGGCGCCACCUUAUGCAUUGGUGGUUUUGGCCUGUGCGGCAUCCCAGAAAAUCUCAUUGCCGCUCUGAAAGCACAGGGCACGAAGAAUUUGACUGCCGUGUCAAACAAUGCCGGCGUGGACGACUUUGGCUUGGGACAGUUGCUCCAGUCAAGGCAAAUCAAGCGCAUGAUUUCGUCCUACGUCGGCGAGAACAAGCUCUUCGAGGAGCUGUACCUCAGCGGUCAGCUGGAGGUUGAAUUGACACCGCAGGGCACCCUGGCAGAGCGCCUGCGGGCAGGUGGUGCUGGCAUCCCGGCCUUCUUCACCCGAACUGCCUAUGGGACAGCCGUCCACGAAGGCAGCAACGUCAUCAAGUACGGCCCCGGCGGCGCCAAGGGAGGAGCUGUCGAGAUCAUGAGCGAGCCCCGGGAAGAGCGGGACUUCGAUGGCAAAGGCUACAUCAUGGAGAAGGCAAUCGUUGGAGACUUUGCCUUUGUAAAGGCUUGGAAGGCCGAUGAGCGCGGGAACCUCGUGUGGAAGGGGACCUCGCAGAACUUCAAUCCAGAUUGCGCUCGGGCUGGCAAGGUGUGCAUUGCAGAGGUCGAGGAGAUUGUUCCUUUGGGCAGCUUGAGCCCGGAGGAAAUUCAUUUGCCCGGCAUCUACGUGCACAGAGUUGUGCAGGGCCAGGGCUACCAGAAGCGCAUCGAGAAGCGGACGGUCUCCACGGGCGGUGAGAUCAAGGUGGACAAGCGAAGAGAGCUCAUCAUUAGGCGCGCAGCCAAAGAGUUGAAGGAUGGCAUGUAUGUCAACCUGGGCAUCGGCAUGCCCACGCUUGUCAGCAACUACCUGGAGCCCGGAGUGCGGAUCGAGCUGCAGAGCGAGAACGGGCUGCUGGGCAUUGGACCAUAUCCGAAAGAGAGUGAGGUGGACCCUGACGUCAUCAACGCGGGCAAGGAGACCGUCACCAUGCUGCCGGGCUCCUCUUUGUUCUCCUCCUCUGAGUCCUUUGGUAUGAUCCGGGGGUCCAAGGUGGAUGUCACCAUCCUGGGCGCCAUGGAGGUGGCGGCUAACGGGGACCUCGCCAACUGGAUCAUUCCUGGGAAGAUGGUGAAGGGCAUGGGUGGGGCUAUGGACCUGGUCGCCGCGGAUGCCAAGGUCUUGGUGGUCAUGGAGCAUGUGGCGAAGGGCAACAAGCACAAGCUCAAGAAGAGCUGUCAGCUGCCUCUCACCGGCAAGAGGGUGGUGGACCGCUGUGUGACGGAUAUGGGUGUCUUUGACUUUGUCACCACCGGACCUGAGGCCCCUCCUACCUUGAUCGAGAUCGCCCCAGACACAACGCUGGACGCGGUGAAGGAGGCUACAGGCUUCGACUUCAAGGUCGCGGAGCCUCUGAAGACUAUGAUGUGGAUGCUCCCACAAUAACAGGUGAUCCUCGAAAUGGUUCAGCAGUGUCAAAUUUGGUGAAUUGAUCUAUUUCAGCGAGACGAAUGACGAGGUUGGCCUGAUGUCCCUUACUGGACGUGCUGAAUGCCUGGCCAUGUAGGCCGCCCAGUUCUGUUUUCAAAUUCACGUGUCGGUGGGCACACUUGGUGCACGCCAACUUUGAAGUAGACUGCCACGGCCUUGUAAAAGGCUUGAUGUAGAGAAUAGCCCUCUCCUGGCAAUUCCAUCAGGCUAACCCAGGC